AUGUGCGCCUACAGAUACGCAGACCGACGACCCCAGCCUCGGACGGCCUCUUACGACAGGACCGCCGGCUACGAUAGACGCCGCAGCCCGCCGUCGGCCUACUCGAGCGAGGAAGACUCCCAGCAGGGCGAGUACUCGGACGCCUACUCGGACAACUACGACGACGACUACGACGACGACCUCCAGCCGUCGGAUUCCGCCUCGACGAACCACGGCAGGCCCCAGCUGCGCACCCGCGCCUCCGAGCAGCCCGCCACGAGGCGCCAACGGCCCGCGCCUAGACAGGACGCCUCCUACCAUCAGCAGGUGCAGUCUUACGCACCCGCCGCACCGCCCAGCGUGGAUCCCUCCGAGGAGUACGGCCACUAUGGCCACUAUGCCCAGCACCCGCACGCGCACCAGCAGCAUCCCGCUGGGCGCAACAGCUACUAUGGCCGCGGCCACCCGGCUUAUCCCGGGCAGCAGCAAAACCACGUAGGCCCAUACAUGGGAUACAACGGCGGCGGCCAAAUGGCGCCCUACGGCAACUACGGCGCCAGCCCGUUCUCGCCCACCGGCUCCAACGCCGGCAGCUACUAUGGCGGCGACCAGAGGCACAUGUACGACAUGAUGCCAUACGGCGCUCCGCCUCCAGGGCCCUACUACAGCCCACAGCACGGGGCCCACUACCCCGGCAUGCCCCCUCCCAUGAUGCAGCGCCACCUGCCGCAGCCUCCACAGCCGCCGCCCACUGAAGCUCCCGCUCCCGCCACGCCUCCCGCCCCGAAGGAACCCACUCCAGCUCCACCCCCACCGCCCGAUCCUGAGAAGGAGCGUUUGCAAAAGGAGCUCGCUGACUUCAAGGCCGAGCAGGAGAGGGCCGAGAAGGCAGCAAGGCAGCGGGAGCUGGAGGAGAAAAUCCGCAAGGACGCCGAGGAGGCCCUGGCCAAGAAGAUGGAGGAAAUGAGGCUGCAGCAAGAGGAGGCCAAGAGGGAGAUUGAGCGCGCCAGGGCGGAGGCUGAGCGCGCUGCCCGCGAGAGGAUCGAAGCCGAGAAGAAGGCGGAAGAAGACAGGAGGCGGGCGCAUGCUGAGGCCAUGGCCCGCGCGGAGGAAACUGCGCGAUUCCGAUUUGAAGCUGAAAUCAAGGCCGCCGAGGAGCGGAGAAGGAGGGAGGAUGAAGAGCGUGCUCGCGCUGAGGAAGCGGCUCGUCUCCGCCUAGAGGCGGCCAUCCGGGCAGAGAGCGCCGCCAAGGCCGCUGCUGAAAAGAAGGCCGCCGAGGAAGCAGCCAGAAUCGAAGAGGCUACCCGCCUCCGCAUCGAAGCGGCCAUGAAGGCCGAGGCCGAGGCCAAGGCAGCUCAAGCUAAAAAGGAAGCUGAAGAAGCAGCCAGAAUCGAAGAAGCAGCCAGACUCCGUGUCGAGGCGGCUCUCAAGGCGGAGGCGGACGCCAAGGCCGCAGCUGCCCAGAAGGCGGCCGAGGAGGCCGAGAGGCUCAGGCUGAUCCAGGAAGAGGCCAAGGCCAAGGCAGAGGCUGAACACCGGGCCCGGCUCGAGGCAGAGAGAGAGGCGGCGCAAAAAGCCGCCGAGGCCGCUGCCGCUGCGAAGAAGGAGGCCGAGGAACUGAAGAAGAAGAUCCAGGAGGAGACUCGGGCCGCUCUCGAAGAAUCCGCGCGGAAACAAGAGGAGGCGGCCAAAAAGGCAGAGCUGGCUCCCAUUAAGUUCAAGGACGCCGUUGGCCGAAAGUUCAGCUUCCCCUUCCACCUGUGCAACACCUGGCAGGGAAUGGAAGAGUUGAUUAAGCAAGCCUUUCUGCAGGUCGACGUCCUGGGGCCUCACGUCCAAGAGGGCCACUAUGACUUGAUUGGCCCGAACGGCGACAUUAUUCUGCCCUCUGUCUGGGAAAAGGUGAUUGAGCCGGACUGGGCUAUUACCAUGACAAUGUGGCCGCUCGACAAAGCACCACCGGUAGGCGGACCCAAGCUUCCUCCUGGGAUGCCUCCGAUGCCGAAGCACGAUCAGAUGCCGCCAGGAAUGCCACCGCUCAACCGACCGAGACCCGGUGCGGCGAUGCCUCCGAUGCCCCCGCCUCCUCCUGGUUGGCACGGGCCGGUCCCUCCCGCGCCUCGAGGACCGCCAGGAGUGCCUCCCGGCAUCAAGAUUGUCAACGCGGCACCGCCCAAGAAGAAGAGCACUUCCAGCAGCAGCAAGCAGAACACCACCAUGCUAAACUUCCUCUCCGGGAAGCCUGUGAAGAAGAAGUGA